ACCACAACCUACCUACCUACCUACCUACCUACCUAGCACCCAUCCGCACCCACAGCACCACCAAAAACCAUGGACGCGCCCCCUCCCCCGCCCCCGCCCCCCCACGGCGCAAACCCCAAGACGACCGCCAGCGGCGCCGACGACGAGUCCAGCACCAACGGCGGCAAAAAGUCCUCGGGCCUCCCCGACGGCAACUACGACAUCUUCAUCAUCCCGCCCCACAGCGCCGGCGGCGGCUUCCUCUACCUCCCCUCGCUGCAAUGCCACCGCAACUCGUUCCUCGCCGGCGCCGCGUCGACCCUGCUCACCGUCCUCGUCUGGUCCAUCGUCCAGCCCACCCUCAAGCAGUGGGUCGCCGGCCUGUCGUCCAGCGGCGGCGGCGGCGUCGCUGUGCUCCUGGCCGUCGUGGGCGUCGCUGGCUGGGCCUUUGGGAAAACGCAGUCGGAGGGCGGUGGUGCUGGCGCCGGCGCGGGUGCGGGUGGUGCGGCAGGCGGCGGCAGCGGCGCAGGCGCCCACGCCAACGGCUUCCCCCGCGGCGGCGGUAGUGCCAACGCCGGCUUCCGCUCCAACCCCAACGCCGGUGCAGGUCACCAGCAGCAGCAGCAUUCCUGGAACGGGGGCGCGUAUACCCGCGGCGGCGGCGGCAGCGGGCCCACACAAGAAGAGGACGCAGCAGCCGAGGACGAGGCGAACCGCGCGCGCGAAGAAGCGUCGGCCCGACAGCGCGAAGAAGCCGCCCGCAAAGCGGCAGAAGCAGCACGAGCACGGGAGGAAGAAGCACGCGCGCGCGCCCGCGCCGAAGCAGCAACGGCGGAGGCACGGCGGCGGGCCGAGGAAGACCGGCGCAAGGCCGAGGAGGAGCGGCGGGCAGCAGAGGCGGCGCGGCAGAAGGCGGCCGAGGAGCGGCGCGCGGCGGAGGAGGCACGGCAGCGGGCUGCGGAGGAACGGGCAAGGGCCGCAGAGGAGCAGCGCAAGAAGGAAGAGGAGCUGCGCCGUAAGGAAGAGGCGGAGCGCGUGGCGCGCGCCCAGGCCGAGAAGGAGCAGUGGGAGCGGCAGCGGGCACGGGAGCGUGAAGCCCGCGAGCGCGAGGCCAGGGAGAAGGCGGCGCGGGAGCGGAUCGCACGGGAGAGGGAAGCACGCGAGCGCGAAGCCAAAGAGAAAGCGGCAAGGGAGGCGGCGGAGCGCGCGCGGCUGGAAAAGGAAAUCCGCGAGCGGGUGGAGCUGGAAGAACGGGCCAAGGCGGCGGCGAAGGCCGAGGCAGACGCGCUGGCGGCGCGGGAGCGCGCAGAAGCCGAAGCGAAAGCCGCAAGGGAGAAGGCGGAGAAGGAGCGCGCGGAGCGGUUGAAGGCCGCGCGGGAGCGGGCGGACCGGGAGCGGGCGGAGCGGCUGGCCCGCCAGGCCGCCGAACGGCGCGCGGCGAGCGAGAGCGGCAUCCCGAACGUUCAACCGCCCGCGACGCCGGCGGGACCAAGGUCUGCGAGCCCGACGAAAUCAGCUGUCCCGCGCACCCCGCCGAAUGAUAAAGAGCCCUCGACUGCGGGUUACAGGCCGUACGACAAGCCGAACAUAGCGCGCGCGCGCACCUCGGCCUCCGCGUCCGUGUACUCCGAGUCGACAGCCGCGAGCGCCACGCCCUCCAGCAGCACGACCUCGUCCUCAGCAUGGACGUCCCCCUCCUCAUACGCCUCCUCGGCCACGAGCGCCAGCACCGCCGUCCCCACCGCCAUCCGCGGCCCCUACUUCACGACCGACCCGGACAAGAUCGUCAUCAAGGGAGUGUACCUGUUCACGAACCUGUUCCCCAAGCCCGUCGCCACGCUGGUGGCGGGCACGGGGCCGCUGACGGACGGGCUGGUGCUGAAGCUCACGAGCGAGGGCCUGUUCAUCGACGACGAUGUGCGCGGCGUGGCGCAGCGCGAGUGGGACGUCAAGGCUUGGACGCUGAAGCUGGUCGAGACGGCCGAGGUGCUCGCCACGCCCGUCAUGGGCAAUAAGGCGGGCUCGGCGGGGAGGGGUGGCGGGGGGAGUAAUAGUGGGAGUGGCAGUGGCAUGGGUGCAAACGCGAAGCAGAAGCUCCAGCUCCUCCGCGCGUCGAUCCGCGAUCCGGAGGGCAAGCGCUACGUCUUCCUGGUCGACGCGAGCGAGGGCUGGAAAGUCGCGCUGGGCUUGCAGCGGCUGAGAAGGGGGAGCCAGGUCCGCGCUUUAAGGGUCGAUGCGAUGGGCGCGGCGGAGGCGGGGAGGGUGGUUGGGGGGCUGGGGUGGGUGGUUGGUUAGGGUG